AGAAUCCAAAUUCAACUUGUGUAGUAUAUUCUGUCGUUUCUUUGUACAUCCACUGUCUCCUUCAAAUUGCUUGAUAAUAAUUCAACCAAUUUGAAUUUGGUUUUGCUUGUGAUCCAACAUUUUCCAGGAUCUUUCUUCAAUCGGCUAUAUAUAAACAAAAACAAACCCCGCAAAAGUGGAGACAGUAACGAAUCAAAAGAAUCCGAGUUAUGGGGUUUUGGUCGUUGUUUACGACGGCAUCAAUGCCGAUAUUGGAGGUGUUGUUACUCACUGCUUUAGGAGCCAUCAUGGCUACCCAAUAUUUCAAUCUUCUCUCUAGCGACACCCGCAAAUCGCUUAAUAAGAUUGUGUUUGUGGCGUUUACCCCCUCGCUUAUUUUCGCUAGUCUUGCAAAGACCGUCACCCUUGAAGACAUUAUCUCAUGGUGGUUUAUGCCAAUAAAUAUUGGGAUAACGUUUCUUUGUGGAGGAAUUCUGGGGUGGAUAGCAACAAAAAUAAUCAGACCAAAGCCACAUAUGGAGGGCCUACUCAUAGCUAUGUGCUCCACAGGAAAUUUGGGAAACAUUCUUUUGAUAAUAGUCCCUGCAAUCUGCACCCAGGGUGGUAGCCCUUUUGGUGAACAUAGUGUCUGCAAGUCCAAGGGACUCUCUUAUUCAUCCUUCUCAAUGGCUUUGGGCAGCUUCUACAUCUGGACUUACACUUACCAGUUAUUGAAAAGCUCGAGUUUAAGGUACACUGCGAUGAAAGAAACCGAGGACUCACCACCAGAACCCAACAAGGACACAAACGCCGAUGAAAAAACUCAACUUCUAAAUGGAGAAACCCAAGAGUAUAUCGACGUUGUUGUCCCUUUAUCAUACUCGACUAGUGACAACACACAAAUCCAACCCGUAAAAACUUUACACCAAGGAUUGUUAAGCAAGGAUGAGAAGGAAGAUAAAUCUUCCUCAAGCAAACUAAAAGAUAUACUCCACAGUGUAUUGGAGGAACUGUUGGCUCCACCAACCCUUGGAUCUAUUGUAGGAUUAGUUUUUGGGGCGACACCAUGGCUGAAAAACCUUGUGAUAGGCGAUGAAGCUCCAUUACGAGUUAUUCAAGAUUCCGUUACAUUACUCGGGGAUGGAACCCUACCAUGUAUUACUCUUAUACUAGGAGGCAACCUUAUACAAGGUUUGCGAAAGGCAAACAUUAGACCAGUUAUCAUAAUCACAAUGAUUUGCGUUCGAUACGUGAUUCUUCCCAUUGUCGGAAUCAUGGUGGUUAAAGCAGCUACUAGUCUAGGAAUACUUCCAGCCGAUCCCCUAUUCAGUUUUGUGCUAUUGAUUCAGUAUACCGUCCCCCCGGCCAUGAAUAUCAGUACGAUGGCGCAACUGUUCAAUGUGGGACAAGAGGAGUGUUCGGUGCUUACGAUGUGGAGUUACUUAGCUGCAGCAUUUGCGUUGACUGGAUGGUCAACGGUGUUCAUGUGGAUUUUGACAUGAUCAAUCAUUUGUUUCGUUACAAAUGAUAGUUUACGAAUGGUAUGACGACGUUAAGUUGUACAUGACUGCAUAUAACCGCCUCAUGAUUAUUGCAGAUGCACGAAACAAGCAUUGUAUUUGUAUUAUUUUAUUAAAUUCAUUAUAUAUAUUAAUUGUUA